GGCCCCCGGGACCGUCAUAUCUCAAGCCGCAGGUUGUGCGAGCCAGUGCUAAGAGACCUGCCUGAAGAGAGAGGAGCGGACCUAACGUAGACGGAGCCCGUCAUUGCAAUGGCACUGUGUCGGAUUAUUGCCUUCACUCUCCUAUGUUUAGUGGAAUGCAUGGUUAUCUCGGCUUUCAACCUGGACACGGAAAACGUCGUAAGGAAAUCCGGGGAUGCAGACAGCCUGUUCGGGUUCUCCCUUGCAAUGCACCGACAACUAAUCCCAGCUGAUAAAAGAAUGCUCCUGGUUGGGGCUCCCAAGGCCAAGAAGUUAUCCAAACAGCAGUCCCAGAUAACUGGGGGACUGUACAGCUGUGAUAUCAACUCCCCCAACACUGAUUGCCAGCGAGUUAACUUUGAUAAUGACGAGAACCAGAAAUCUGAGAGCAAGAGUGACCAGUGGAUGGGAGUUACUGUGCAGAGCCAGGGGCCUGGUGGGAAAAUAGUGACGUGUGCCCACCGCUACCAGCGUCGCCUGUUCGUCAACUCACCGCAGGAGUCGCGGGACAUCACAGGCCGCUGCUACGUGCUGAGCCAGGACCUGACCAUCGACGAGACCACGGGCGACGAGGGCGGGGACUGGAAGUUCUGCGAAGGCCGGGCCAGGGGCCAUGAGCGCUUUGGCUCCUGCCAGCAAGGCCUGUCCGUCACCUUCACCAACGAUUACCACUACCUGGUGUUUGGAGCACCCGGAGCCUUUAACUGGAAAGGUGUAGUGCGGUUGGAGCAGAAAAACAACACUCUGUUGGAGAUGGGUUACUAUGACGAUGGGCCGUAUGAGGUCACGUACAAAACUGCGGAAGGACUGGAUGACGUCACAGUCCCAGCCAACAGCUAUUUAGGGUUUUCUCUGGACUCUGGUAAAUUACUGACUAAGAAGGGCCAACUGACAGUGGUUGCUGGAGCUCCUCGAGCCAAUCACAGUGGGUCAGUGGUUCUGCUUAAGAAACGGUCUGAAACGUCGACGCAGCUGGUCAGCGAGUACAUCCUGGAAGGCGAAGGUCUGGCUUCCUCCUUUGGCUACGACCUUGCUGUACUCGAUAUAAAUGGAGAUGGGUGGCAGGAUCUUGUAGUCGGAGCCCCACAGUUCUUCAUGAAGGACUCGGACAUCGGCGGGGCGAUCUACGUCUACAUUAACCGAAACGGGGACUGGAACAAGGCCAGUCGCACCAGAAUCGACGGCGCCAAAGACUCCAUGUUUGGCCUGGCUGUGGAAAACCUUGGCGAUAUCAACCUGGAUGGAUUUAAUGAUGUGGCAGUGGGGGCACCCUACGAUGACGGUGGAGAAGGGAGCGUCUACGUCUACCACGGCUCGGCCACCGGCCUCAAACUGGACCCCACCCAGGUCCUGAAAGGAAAAGAUCAGAACAUUAAGCUGUUUGGGUACUCCUUAGCAGGUAACAUGGAUUUAGACAACAACAAGUAUCCAGACCUAGCCAUUGGAUCCUUGUCCGACACUGUGGUUAUGUACAGGUCCAGGCCUGUAAUCAACAUAGAAAAGAUCAUCACCACGACCCCAAAGGAGCUGGACCUCACUACGAAAAACUGUGGGGACCACAUAUGCAUUCAGGUGCAGGCCUGUUUCAAAUUCACAGCCAAAAACUACAGCCCCUCCGUCAGAAUGUCGUACUCAAUCCAGGUGGAGUCGAAGCGGCGGAAACAGGGUCUUUCCUCCCGGCUCUGCUUCAGCCCCUGCUCGUCCACCGACCUGGGCUACGAGAGCACGGGGGUCCUGGACCUCAAGAAGCAGAACGAGCAGACCUGCGUGACCAAGACCCUCCAACUGCAGGAUAACAUAAAAGAUAAGUUAAGAGGCAUCCCCAUUGAAGUGUUUGUGGAGAUCCUGAACCAAUCGGGACGCAGCAAGAGACAAAGCUCCCUCCGCGACCUUCUCCCCAUCCUUGCCUCCAGCCAACCAGCUCUUUCAGAGGUGAACUUUCUGAAGGAAGGAUGUGGCACUGACCACGUGUGCCAGAGUAACCUGAAGCUGCAGUACACGUUCUACUCUUGCGAGGAUAACAAAAACAUCUUCCACCCUCUGCCAGUUCAAGAUGGCGUUCCGGUCAUUUCUCUUGGUGACCAGAAGGAAAUCGCCCUGGAGGUCACAGUGACCAAUCAGAAUGGAGAUGACGCGUACGAGGCAGUUCUUAUUGGAACUUUCCCCGACUCCCUCUCAUACUCUGCCUUCCGCCCCAAGAACAACGACAAGCAAGUUAUCUGUGUGGCCAAUCAGAAUGGGUCACAGGCUGACUGUGAGCUGGGGAAUCCUUUCAAAAGAAACUCAGAAGUAUCAUUCUACAUUAUUUUGGGCACUGGUGGUAUAUCACUGGACACGACAGAAGUAGAAGUUACUCUUCAGCUCAAAACGACAAGUGAUCAGCCACCAAUCACCCUGACAAGGAAAGCUGAUGUUGUGAUCGAACUGCUCCUGUCUCUCUCUGGGCUGGCUAAACCAUCUCAAGUUGAAUUCACUGGGGAGGUCAAAGGGGAGAGUGCAAUGAAGUCAGAAACUGAAAUUGGCAGCCAGGUUGACUAUGAAUUCCGGGUCAUUAACCUGGGCAAACCCCUGAAGUCAGGCACAACGUUCGGCACGGCCUUCCUGGACAUCCAGUGGCCCAAGAGCACAGCCACAGGGAAAUGGCUCCUGUACCUGAUGAAGCUCAGCACCACUGGCGUGGAGACGGUAGGCUGCAACAAGCCCAACGAGAUCAACGAACUCAAACUCCAGCAGGAGUCUUCACUGACGAGACACAAGCGUGAAGUGUCAGAGUCAAGCUCAGAUGAAGCCAAAUUCUCCCUUUUUACUGACAAGAGGAAAUUCAAAGUCUUGUCCUGCGAUGCUGGAGCAAAAUGUGUGCAUUUUAAGUGUCCCCUCCAGGGAUUGGACAGUAACGCUGUCAUUGCACUGAGGGCCCGCCUCUGGAACAGCACCUUCCUGGAGGACUUCUCCAGUCUGAAUUAUGUUGACAUCCUUGUGAAAGCAUCGCUUAGUCUGGAUGCUGCAGCUAAAAACAUAGUGCUGAAAAAUGAAGACACACAGGUACGAGUGACAGUGUUCCCAGGACGUAAGGCGGCGCAGUAUGGAGGCUUACCUUGGUGGAUCAUACUGGUUGCUAUUUUGCUGGGGUUGCUUCUUUUGGGAUUACUCGUCUUCCUGCUCUGGAAGUGUGGAUUCUUCAAGCGUUCCAAGUAUGACGACAGCGUGCCGAGUUACAAUGCCGUGCGGAUUAAGCGGGUGGAGCGCGCACACACACCUGGGAAGCAGUCGGAUUCACCGGAGAAGAAACAGUGGAUGACGUCCUGGAAUGAGAACGAGAGCUACUCCUAGCCUUCCUCCACCAUGACUACUAACGUGCAUGUUUAAUUUGCUUAAAACCAAACCAAAGACGCCUUUACUAAGACACUGAUCCAUUUUGAUUUUAUAUAUAUAUAUAUAUAUCCAUCCCAAGGAACAAAUGAAAGGAAAUGUAAAAAAUUUAUUUUGCUGCACAUUCCAUGUUGAGGGACUCAACUAGAUGAAAUGGCUUAAACAUGGUAAUUGCUGAGGGAAAGAGGAUUCACAGUGGUCCAUUUUAUAUAUAAUUUUUUUUUUUUUUACUGUUUUAUGUAGUGCUUAGUAUAUGACAUGCAUCCAAACUGUUGUAUAUAUAGCAUAUUUUCAUGAAUUCAUCAUAAAAAUGUCUAUUUAUUCUCAUUCUUUGUUUAAUCAAGCAGGCCAAAGAUUCCUAAUGUCUUUUUUUAUGUUUAUGUGGAUCUAUGCAAGUUUGCAGGUCACAAACAUCCAUGUUGCUAUUCUUCCACCUUUUUUAACCUUCAGUUUUACUUGGAACCAUUUGGAUGGAUGUAAAUAUUUGUGUCUUUUUCUGUUGUUACUACUUAAUGCUUGUUUUGUCUUUUUUUUUUUUUUUUUUUUUUUUUUUAAGAAUCGUGACUUGGUACCAGUUUCAGUUUAACCUUGCAGAAUGUAUUUAACUGCUGUGAUUAGACCACUUAGGCUAGAAUGAUCGGAUACCAUGGCUUCAUAAACCUGGACAGUUGUUCUGUAGGUCAUCUACUCACCCAUUUACAAAGGUCACCUUUUAAAAUUGCAAGUGCUGGAAAUGGUUGAUGCAAGUUGGCACCUUUUUUACAAUGAAAAGUAUUAUGUAUUAAUGUUCCUGCUGGGUUUUUUCCUUAUUUUUUACAUGCUGUAAUAUAAAUGGUAAAAAGCCAUAUUUUCCCAAAGACAUGAAGAAUGCAGACAUUUUGUUAUUAAAUAGGUCAUGAAAUAUUUUUUUUUUUAAAUUAAAAGUAACUGCUGUGGAUGGAGAAAACAUCAGCAGUGCGCAAACCUAACCCUAACGUUCAGAUUCAGUACUUACUAGAAAACAAAACUGGGAACAAAUGAAUCAAUGACCAAAAACAAUAAAGACAAGUUUUCGUAGUGCCCUUGAA